AUGUCUGCCUCAAUACCAGAGGAAUUGCCCCAGCAACAAAGAUUCAAUCCUGAGCACGAUCCUUUUGCACCUCAUCUUACCAAUGUACCCUCUGCUCUGGAGCGCGCGACUCUCCGUCUUGAGUUCCCGCCGUCCUAUGUCGUCGUAGGCGUCUACCGUCUCGUCACCGACAAGUCGCUCUACGUUCCCAUCUGGAAUAAAUGCAAGCAUGGAAUCAUCAGAGGACUUGCCGUGGGUGUGGGAUGGGCCGUGUUGACCUUUGGUAUGCAACGCAAAUUCGUCAAGCUUUUCCUCAUCAACUCUCCGAGCGUCACUGGUCUGUCACACGACUCAAUUAUGGGCUUCAAGGUGCCCUUUGAUGUCCCAACAUAUGCGACGUUCUUUUUCCUUGCCUCGCAACUGACAUUCAUUCUUACCUUCUUCCUCUCUCGCAACCUCCGCAUCGCGCGCCAACGUGCCUGGGACUUGACUAUCGCCUCUCGUGGCAAGGGUCCCGAUUUCUGGAGUCCGUACGUCGAAGAAUGGGAUGUCCCACCGGUUUUGGACGAUAAUAAGUGGGCCAGAUUGGAGAGUGUCAAGGGAUGGCUGCUGAGCUAUACGGUCAAGCGAGUUAUUCUGUUCCCGCUUCAUGUAGUGCCUUUCGUCGGUAUCUUCAUAUCUGCCUUCUUCAAGUCCAUGGAUACAGCCCGCUAUCUUCACAGACCGUACUUCGAGUCCAAGAAGAUGACGCGUCAUCAGACUGCUCUCUUUAUGGCAGAGCACAAAUGGGAUUACCGCACUUUUGGCUUCGCGGCCGCUUUGCUUGAGACUAUCCCGUUCAUCGGGUUGCUGUUCUCGGUUUCGAAUCGCAUCGGUGCAGCGAUGUGGGCACACGAUCUGGAGAAGCGACAACACUACUACGCGGACGAAAAGGCGAAGAAGGCAAAAUAA